AUGGGAGACCAGCGGUUGGCAGCCAAUGCUGAUGUAACUUAUUCAUACUAUCCGUUUCUCAUCAUCAACAACCUCCCCAACAUGAUGACCCAAGACAUAAACUACCUCGAAUCGCAAGGAUGUCUACGCGUGCCCACUCGGGACAUACUCGACAUAUUCAUGAAGCAGUAUUUUCUGCAUCAUCAUCCGUUGAUGCCGAUCCUUAACGAAGGCGACUUCUGGGACAUGUACGGCCAGCAGGGGAUGCGAGGUUCUGGAGAAAGGAUGUCGCUACUCGUCUUCCAGUCGAUGUUAUUCGUGGUCUGCAAUUACUUGUCGCAGGACAGCAUCAAGGCACUUGGCUUCCCCAGCACCAGGAUUGCCAGGGCUUCCCUGUACCGACGGGCCAAGCUCCUAUACGAUUUCGAAAGCGAGUCUUCCAUGGUGUAUCUGGCUCAGGCUGCUUUAUUACUCUCGCACUGGUCGCCUAAUUUCACCCAUGCAUUCAAGAAGGCCAACUCAACGUGGCUCAGUAUGGCGAUACAGAACGCGAAAAGUGUGGAAGCCCACUAUUACUCCGCUAUACCCGUGAUCUCGGCUGCAGCACAUCCGGCUCAACACAAAAGACAGAACACCCUCAGGAGACUCUGGUGGUGCUGCAUUGUUCGAGACCGCAUUUUGCCCCUGGGCUUGAGACGCAGUCCCAAAAUCACUCGAUCACACUUCGAUUUCGACGCGAAUCCGAGACUUGGAUACCCAGACCUUGAUGACGAAGUCCACAGAUCCAAAGUGUACAAUGCCGAGACGAAACGGUGUCUGAUCGGGAUAUUUAGCCAGAUUGUUGACUUAAGCAUUGUUUUAACGAGUUCAUUGAUGCUUGUAUUUCCGCUCGACGAUUCUCCUGGCUGGGGCAAACGCGUGGGAGCUGAACAAAGCGAGAAAGUGAGGGAAUGUAAGAGUGCGCUUAGACGAUGGUAUGAAAGCGCGUCGCUCCAGUUCCCUAUGUUUGGCGGUGGGACAGCUAGACGGAUAAAUGCUAUGAAGAGAAAAGAGAGCCGGCAUGAUUCGGUAAUUCUGUACACCAACAUGAUGUAUAUGUACUAUCAUUCUUCAAGAGUUGCUCUGAGCCAUCACGAAGUACUUCAGACGGCGGCCGCUUUCGUCUCGCCCAUCGACAAUCUCCAAGACUUUUCCAGCAUAUACGAAAAUCGCCGUGAACUCCAGGAUGCAACAUCGGGUGUGACAGAAUGCUUGAAGGAACUCAUCCAACUACGACUGGCUCGAUGGCUACCUAUCAGCGCCGUCGCAUGCACAGCUUUCCCCCUGUGCUUGCACAUAAUAGAUGUCAACCUUUCACCUCACAAGCUCGGAUCCUCUUCAGCUCCACCCAGUGCUCAGCAAGCAGCGAAACAGCACCAACUGAACAUUCUCAUUGCGGCCAUGAAGACUUACCAACCCCAAUACGACGGGGUUGACUACGUAAGCGAGACUAUCCGGCAUAUCGUCAAUCUGGCUCAACUGGACUCGCCUACACCGCCAUCAGCGUCGAACAAGAUAUCAGGCUGGACUGACAUCCUAGCAUCGCAGCCGGGCUGCUACUUGCGCUUGGCCAUGACUAUGGAUCUUAGUUUCGCCAAGGGCCGCUUACCGGGCUUGUUUACGACGGGCUACAGCUCCGUCAAAGCCCUAAUGAGGAACGGUAUUGCAACCACUUCUUUAACACAGCACUCACCUAGACUGCCCAACUUCAACGAUGCCAGGGGGCCGAGCCCGGUGAAUCCUACUCCCCCGGAUCGGGCCUUCAACGCGGCCACCACCAACUUAUUGAUAGCCGAAAAUGCGGACGCGAGUCGAGCGCUAUCCGAAAUGCACGGCGGCCAUGGUAUCGUGCACCUCCCCAGCACAGAAUCCUUCAUCGACGCCUCUCUUAAAAUAGAGGGAAUCAUGAGCGAGAUUCUGGUUCCGUACACGCUGCAGGACGAUGCCUCCUCACGGAGCUCCUCCAACUCGCAUAGCCACGGGGCUGGCGGUGUGUCGUACGAAGCGACGGAGGAGGAGACGGCAGAUGAUUGGAUUGGGACGGCAUGGGGGAACGAGGCGGAUGUGCGGAUGCUUGGUGGAGAGGACGGGAGUGAUCAGGAGACGGCGCAACUAUUGCAUGCUUUGAGGGAGAGUACGGGGAGCGGGGUUACGUGGCGUGGGAAAGAAAGUGCAUAG